UCGUCCUCAGUCGCCGCCGCCUCCUCCUCCUCCUCCCCCCCGGGGAGGGGGGUGGCGGCGGCGGCUGCCCGGGCUGAGCCGGACUCGUGCGCUGUGUCUCGGCAGGAGUGCGGGAAGAUGGCCGGGGCCGAGGCGGGCGUGAGCGGCGCCGGCAUCCAGCAGCAGCACCCGGCUGUGGCGGCCGCCGCGGCAGGGCCCGGGGACGAGUCGUCGGACAGCGAGGGGGAGCACGAGGGGCCGCAGAAACUCAUCCGCAAAGUGUCCACGUCGGGCCAGAUCCGCACCAAGACAAGUAUAAAGGAAGGACUACUAUUGAAGCAAACCAGUUCUUUUCAGAGGUGGAAGAAACGCUAUUUCAAACUUAGAGGUCGAACCCUUUACUAUGCUAAGGACUCAAAAUCUCUAAUAUUUGAUGAAGUCGACCUGUCAGAUGCCAGUGUAGCUGAAUCAAGCACAAAAAAUGUCAACAACAGCUUCACGAUAAUCACUCCAUUUAGGAGGCUCAUAUUGUGUGCUGAGAACAGAAAAGAAAUGGAGGACUGGAUCAGCUCUCUGAAGUCUGUGCAAUCUAGAGAACAUUAUGAGACCGCACAGUUUAAUGUGGAACAUUUCUCAGGGAUGCAUAACUGGUACGCCUGCUCCCAUGCCCGACCUACCUUCUGUAAUGUGUGCAGAGAGAGCCUCUCUGGAGUUACUUCUCAUGGCCUAUCUUGUGAAGUGUGCAAAUUUAAAGCACAUAAAAGGUGUGCAGUCAGGGCAACAAAUAACUGCAAGUGGACUACGUUAGCCUCCAUUGGGAAGGAUAUCAUUGAGGAUGAAGAUGGUAUAGCUAUGCCUCACCAGUGGUUAGAGGGUAAUUUACCUGUUAGUGCCAAAUGUGCAGUCUGUGACAAGACCUGUGGCAGUGUUUUACGCCUACAAGAUUGGAAGUGCCUUUGGUGUAAAGCUAUGGUUCACACUGCCUGUAGAGAUCUUUAUCCUCGUAAGUGUCCGCUUGGCCAAUGUAAAGUAUCCAUCAUACCUCCCACAGCUCUAAACAGCAUAGACUCUGAUGGUUUUUGGAAAGCUACCUGCCCACCAUCCUGUGCCAGCCCUCUCUUAGUUUUUGUUAACUCAAAGAGUGGAGAUAAUCAGGGAGUAAAAUUUCUUCGUCGAUUCAAACAGUCACUAAAUCCAGCUCAGGUGUUUGAUUUAAUGAAUGGAGGACCUCAUUUAGGUUUAAGGCUGUUUCAGAAGUUUGACAACUUCCGGAUCCUUGUAUGUGGUGGAGAUGGAAGCGUUGGUUGGGUUUUGUCAGAAAUUGAUAAACUCAGCUUGCACAAACAGUGUCAGUUGGGAGUGUUGCCUCUUGGUACUGGAAAUGACCUUGCCCGGGUCCUUGGUUGGGGAGGGUCAUGUGAUGAUGACACACAGCUUCCUCAAAUUUUGGAGAAGUUGGAACGUGCCAGCACUAAAAUGCUAGACAGGUGGAGUAUUAUGUCAUAUGAACUAAAAUUACCUUCAAAGCCUUCUAUUCUUCCAGUUACUCCAGAAGAGGAAUCUGAGGAAUGUCAGAUAUCUGCCUAUGAGGAUUCAGUAGCUGCUCAUCUUGCAAAAAUCCUCAAUUCUGAUCAACACUCAGUUGUCAUAUCAUCUGCCAAGGUGUUAUGUGAAACUGUAAAGGACUUUGUUGCCAAAGUAGGGAAGACUUAUGAAAAAGCUAUGGAAAAUGCAGAUGAAGCUGAUUCCAUGACCCUUAAAUGUUCAGAAUUAAAUGAGAAGCUAGACCUGUUGCUCCAGGCUCUUCACACUGAAUCCCAGGCCACUCCCAUGCUGCCAUGUAUCACUCCCCCCAUUGUGGAAGAAGAAGUGGAAGAGUAUUCAAGUGAAGAAUCCUUAUCUGAAAGCAAGGAGAGUGAAGGAAAAUCUUCUACCCAGAAAAUCUUCAAACCAAGAGAACAGUUAAUGCUGCGGGCAAACAGCUUAAAGAAGGCUGUAAGGCAGAUCAUUGAACAGGCAGAAAAAGUUGUGGAUGAACAGAAUGCUCAUACUGAAGAACAAGAGAACCAGUCUGCUCUAGAAUAUAGUAAAGAAUUGGAAGAAUCCAAGGAAGAGGAAAAAGAGGAAGAUACAAGGGAACAUGAAUUCCAGUCAACCAAAACUGCACCAAGAUCUCCAGAUCGACGUACAAGUCGAGCUGUCCAUUCUCAGACAGGCUCUUUCUCUGCCGCAGCCUUGGCAGCCAGUAAAGAAAACCUCCCAGUGCUUAACACUAGAAUAAUCUGUCCAGGUUUAAGGGCUGGCCUUGCUGCCUCUAUUGCAGGAAGUUCUAUCAUCAGCAAAAUGUUACUUGCAAACAUUGAUCCAUUUGGUGCUACGCCAUUUAUUGACCCUGAUCCAGAUUCAUUGGAAGGAUAUUCAGAAAAGUGCGUCAUGAACAACUACUUUGGAAUUGGAUUAGAUGCAAAAAUUUCAUUAGAAUUUAAUAAUAAACGAGAAGAACACCCUGAGAAGUGCAGAAGCCGGACAAAGAAUAUGAUGUGGUAUGGUGUACUUGGUACAAAAGAAUUACUGCAAAGGACCUAUAAGAACUUAGAACAAAAAGUUCAACUUGAGUGUGAUGGACAGUACAUCCCCCUCCCCAGUCUUCAAGGCAUAGCUGUGCUAAACAUCCCAAGUUAUGCUGGUGGGACUAAUUUCUGGGGUGGAACCAAAGAGGAUGAUAUAUUUGGAGCACCAUCAUUUGAUGACAAAAUUUUAGAAGUUGUUGCAGUGUUUGGCAGCAUGCAGAUGGCAGUGUCAAGAGUCAUCAAAUUGCAACACCACAGAAUAGCUCAGUGUCGGUCAGUAAAGAUCACCAUCCUUGGAGAUGAAGGGGUCCCAGUGCAAGUAGAUGGAGAGGCUUGGAUUCAGCCCCCUGGGGUUAUUAAAAUUGUACAUAAAAACAGAGCUCAGAUGCUAACACGAGACAGAGCUUUUGAAAGCACUCUGAAGUCUUGGGAAGAUAAGCAGAAGUGUGAUUCCUGCAAGCCUGUCCUGCGGUCUCAGCUGUACCCUCAACAGGCCAUUGACUUGGCUACAGAAGAAGAAGUUGGUCAGAUCCAGCUGUGUUCACAAGCUGCAGAAGAACUUAUUACGAGAAUCUGUGAAGCAGCAAAAACGCACAGCCUGCUGGAACAAGAGCUUGCUCAUGCUGUCAAUGCAUGUUCCCAUGCAUUAAAUAAAGCCAAUCCAAGGUUUCCUGAGAGUCUUACCAGAAACACUGCCACUGAAAUAGCUGUCAAUGUGAAGGCACUGCAUAAUGAAACGGAAUCUUUACUAGUAGGAAGGGUUCCUUUGCAAUUGGAAUCCUACCAUGAAGAACUGCUGUCUGAUGCUUUGCACAGUGUAGAGAUUGAGUUAAGAAAACUCACUGAGAUUCCAUGGCUUUAUUAUGUUUUCCAAUCAAAUGACGAUGAGGAUCCCCCUCUGGAUUAUGCUAAAAGAAACAACAGAAGUACAGUAUUUCGCAUAGUGCCAAAGUUUAAAAAGGAAAAGGUCCAAAAGCAUAAGACCAGCUCUCAGCCUGUUCAAAAAUGGGGCACAGAUGAAGUUGCUGCUUGGCUGGAUCUGCUCAGUUUGGGAGAGUACAAAGAAAUCUUCAUCAGCCAUGACAUCCGAGGCUCUGAGCUUUUACACCUGGAAAGGCGAGACCUUAAGGACCUGGGGAUAACGAAAGUGGGACAUAUGAAGCGAAUUCUCCAGGGAAUUAAGGAGCUUAGCAAGAACACACCUUUGUCUGAUGUGUAAUUAUACUGGUGCUAUCACUGGAGAGAGGAAGAACUGCUAGUUAAGCAAAGCCAUUGAAGGCACUUUGCUGUCUUUGUAGUUUACUAUAUGGAUGAGUAGGCACUGGUAUACCAUGCAAGUUAAUAUAUCUGUAGUCUUGUGUGGGGAAGAGCCUGAAGUAUGAAUCUGAGAGGUUUGGUGCCAAAAAAGAGGUUAUAAAUUCCAUGAUAAUGUUUGCUUAAUGUGUAAACUUGACCGGUUCAAAUAAGCACAUUUUGGUUAAGAGAUCUGUGUAUGGUGAAAUGUGUUGCCUGGAAAGUGUAUUUAAGAAACAAUUGCUUUGCUUUAGGUGGCCCAGUGUGGCUCCUUUUAAGUGCAGUAACAUAUCACUGUACAGCAUGAGGUAGUCUCAGUAUAUUUGAGACACAGCUGCCCUAAAAGGUUCUGUACAGAGAUGGAUCAUUUUUAGUUUUGCAUGUGAACUGACAUUGCCUCAGGUACCUAGCACUCCCUGGCCAAGGAAUAUGGUUGAAGACAACUUGUAUACCAUGAAUGCAAACUAUAAUGCAUGGUAUGCCUGCUUGAAUUGUCCGUUUUUCUGUUGCAUGGCACAUCUGGUAUUUUAAACACUUGAACAACUUUGAUAUCAGUUUUAAUGAGAUUUAAUUUAUUAAUACUUGUGCAUUUUUUUCUUUUGGGUUUUGUUUUUUUUUUUGGUUAUAGGCACUUUUCUAUUCAUUCUUCAGUGUUGUAUUUUACUUAAAUAUGUUCGGUGGCAAAGGACUUGUGAGUGUGAACACUUAGCGACUGUGCCAUAUUCAGCAAAUAAUGUGCAUUAUAUAUGAUUGAAACAUUGUAUAGUUAGAUCUUUAAAUUUGCCAUGUACAGUAGGUAUUUCAGGUCAUUAAUUUAUGAGUGUUUUGGAAAACCGGUACCUCACAAAAUUUAUCAGUUGGCUUGUUACAUGGAAAAUCACAAAGAUUUUUUUUCUCAUGAUUCAUUUAAUGGAGUUCGUUGGUUACCUUGAAUAUCCAUAGCAUAUUUGAACUGUUAAGAAGUAACAAUGCCACUUACUUUAUUGUGCCAAAAUGUUAAUGCGGUCCUUUUUUAAGUGAGCAGCAAAUUCAUUUUACAUAUCCUAUGUAUGAAAACGUAAAAAAAAAAAAAAAAAGUAACGGCUAUGUCAAUUUGUGGGGUAAACUUUUAUUCAUACUAUUUUAAUAAUUUCUUUUAAAGGCUCAUAAAAUACCAAAACAUUGUGCGUAGCUCAUCUGCAUAGCUAUAUUCCACCUGUUUCUUGUUACUGCAUUUGUAGGUCGUACAAGCAGAUUUAGUAAAUGUGGUAAUACUUCCCGAAGCACAGAAUGAGCAGAAACAUGUCAAGAAUGAAUGUAGUUUAUACUGAACAUUAGAACAGUUUAUAAAAAAAAAAAAAUAACUUAAACAAGAAGUAGCUUCAUAAUUGACAACUUAAUUUUUCACAAAGUAUUUAUAAUAGAAAACAAUGUAAAUAUCCAUGGAAGUUAAAAUUACAGGAAAACUACUGAAGUAUUUUUAGAUAAUAUGUUGAUACAAAUUUGUGUAUGGCUAUAUACAGUUGUAAGUAAACUUGUAUAAAAAAGAUCACUUUUUGCUAUUCGUGAGAAUGCAUCUUGCCAGCAAAAGAGCCUUGGCUUUUAUUAACCGAAUAUCCCCAGCAGCAGAAGCUUUGCUAACCCUUGAAAAUUAAAGAGCACAUUCCUAGAUAUGUAUUCAUUUGUAUUUACUAUCUGAUACUAGAGAAAAUUUGCAUUUGGUUUUAAAAAGUUUGUUUUUCACAAUGAAAGGGAACAGUGUUGAAUAUUACUAGGUCCUACUUUGACCAAUCUGUAUUGUUUGUCUUAAUAUGAGGAAGAUUUGUCCCUGGAAAGUAAAAAUCUUGAUGAUUAUUCUUUUUUGAAAAAAAAGACCAUAUGCCACUAUGUUGCUAAGAAAUAUGAAAAAAGGGGGGCAAAAAGCCCAAAUUAUGCUAAAGUACAUUGCUAUAUGUUCUUCUGCUGUAGAUAAAAUAAGAGCCAAUCCCAUGAUCAUCUGGCACAGUAGAUUAUACUGGUAAUCAAACAAAGGAAUGAGUUUGUUCCAUUAAGUUUACAGCAACAACCAAAACAAACACUGCUUGCUAAGUGACAUUAUUUUUGAACUGUUGUAUUAAAAGGGCAUGCAAACAACGGACAGUUUUUUAAAAUGUACUUAACACUGACCUCUUUAAAAGAUAUUCAGAUAGUGUCUGUCAUGUCUUCAUGAACCAUCUUUCCUUGCUUUCCUACUCCACUGUAAGCUACAGUGUUUGUAUUGUGUGGCAGCAUUCUAAUGUGUGAGUAUUCUGAGAGGAUUAGCCUUGUUCAUUCAAGUUCAUAAUUCAUAAAAGGGUUUGGUUUGCUUUCUUACAGAAUGAUUGCUCCCUUACAUGCUCACUGCUUUAUUACUCAAUGCAUAGAAUUGGACAUGUGGAGCAAGGUUUCUUAAGACUAGGCAGUGAUUGAAAGAGGCCUCCACAGAGUGCAGCUGGAAAGUGUGAGCCCCUCUUUUAAGCAGGAAAAAAUGGCUAAUGUUAAUGAUUAAACAUUUUUUGUCAUGCCUCAGAUUACCUCAAUGCAGAACGGAAUUUUUCAUUUAUUGUCUUUGUGUAUUAUGGGAUGGUUUUUUUUUUUCAAAUGAUUGCCAAAGAAUUUAACUUCAGUUAUAUAAGGGGAGGAUUUUUUUAAUGGACAAAGGUAUUUCAGAAUUUAUUUAUAUAGUUUUUGACAGAAGAAGCCCAGGAAAGCAAAAUUUUGUGUGCACCUAUGACUUAAAACUUCAUUGCACAUCAGUUCCAUGUGCUGCUGAAGUAAAUCUAAAAUACAAGAAGGGAUGCCUUUACUGCGGGCAUAAGCUUGUAACCUUGUUUAGGGAAAUGGGUUUUCUACAGAAAGUGGUUUUUAAACACAGUGUUGCCAGCUCUGAGUUUAUUGUCAGUCGGUCUGUCUACAUCUGCAUUUAUACCAGUUAAAAUUUACUGCAUAAUAAGCAGGAAUAGGCUGGCAUCUACAUGUGCAGAGCAGCCUGCUAUGUGCCCCUGUGGCCCCUGGGAGGAGCUCCAGCCUCCUGCCACAUGGCUGCCAGCCCUUGGGACUAACUUUAGUCCCAAACUGAAGCCAAGAGAGGCAGCCAGCCAGAAGUCCUGGGGCUGGGCUCAGGCUGGCCCCCUAGUGGCUGGGCAGACCCAGCAGGGUGGCCCCCUGAGUACUGCUCAGUAAGGCACUAUCAAAUUUACGCUCAGGUCAGCAUAAGUCUCCAUAUUUACUACAUAAUACAGGCAUGCAUGUGUAGAUGCAUGCCCAUACUGCACAGUCAUUUUGGUUACUGUGCAGUAAAUCCGCACAUAUAGAUGCACCCGGUGUUUUGAUAUUUUUUUUUGGUUAGGCUUUUUUGUCAUUAGAACCCUAGCUCCUAUAAUCAGGAGAUUACUUGAAUAUAUCAGCUUUAAUUUUUUAACAAAGUGAUUUCUGAGUCUUUAUGACUACAUUGAAAAAUGUUUCCCAGAAUAUGAAUCCUAAUUUUUUUAAGGCAAAUAAAGAAUCCUAAAACAUUUUUUUUAAAUCUUAUGAUAUUUAUGCAAAUAGAUUUUUGGGAGCUGGACUUGUUAUACAUAAAACCUUGGUGUAUGUAAUACUAUAAAUAAAUAACAAUACUGGUAAGAAAAAAAUGUUCAUGGCUCAAUACACUUAAGUUUCAGAAAAUGGGUGUGUACCACUGUAAAUGUGCACAAGGCAAAACAGAGCAGUCAGCAUUGUUUUUAAAAACAGAAGUAGUUAUAUGUGUAUGUGUCCAUAUGAGUUCACUGCCCUUUAUGGAAGGAGGAAAGGGAAAGCUGCAUAUUUGAAAAGGAUAAUACAGUGGCAAGAUUAGAUGCGUUUGUUUUGCUGUUUUAUAGCAUUUUUCUAGUUUCUUAUAUUCAACUAUUGUAGCAGCCUCUGUUUCAGAUGAUACAUGUGCUACCUUUUAUAAUAUACAAUGCCUUCUUUUUUAAAAAGUCUAAUCAAACCAUAAAGACAAACUGUACUACUUUCUAUGAUAUUUCAACAUGGAAUUCUUGUAUAAAAAAGUGAAAUUAUAAACUGUUUUAACAUUCUUCCUUUCUAUUUUUAUGCAUUUUCCCCUUCUUAUUUUUUCCUGUAAUUUUCCCCCUAUCACAUUUCUAUUUAUCCUUACAGGGGAAUAGAAAAAGUAUAAAACAACUGACUGAUCAACCCCAGACACCCUGCUAUGAGGUUUGUGUGUCUUUCAAUAUAGUAGUUCUUUCUCAUAUUAUGUUCUGAGAAUGCAGUUAUAUCAGAGCUUGUGAGCUACUAAAAUCAGCAUUGUCACCCUCUAUUCCCCACAACUUCCUCCCCCAAAUUCUUGUUAAAACUUUGCAUCUUUUAAUACAAGCAAGGGGAAUUGUUUUUCCUAUGUAAUGCCCAUAUUCUGUGUUUAGGUAUAUUUGUGUAUUUUGACUUUGUACUAAUAUGUAACCUGCCAGUGUUUGAUUUUUAACUGGACUAACUGAUGCAAAUUCACCUUAUGAAAACUGCACAAUGCCUAGAUAACACCCAUUUUAUUUCAUAAGGUAUCCUGAUAAAAAUAGUGUUUUGUCAUUGUGUCAUAAUCCUCCCCUGGGAUAGGAAGCUUAUUUCACAGUUAAUGGUAAAUUAAUAUAUAAACCAAAACAUUAACAAAAUAUUUAAUUUUAGUUUGACAAUGCAUUGUACAUAGGUAAUGUCACAUUGGACAUGCGUGACAAAAAAAGGGCAGAGAAUCUAUUUCGCUUGAUUCUUAUUGUUUAUGAUUGCACUAUUAAUGUUUACCACUGUUUAGUCAUAUUUGUAUAUGUACCUCUAAGUAUUAAGCUUUUUUAUUGUUGAACUUUGUUUAACAGUUCUGGUAACUGGUAAUUAGUAAUGUAAUAAGCUUUGACAUUUGUAAAAGCUUCAGUUAUGUGAGACACAUUCUUGAGGAUAAAUGAGUUGGAGUAAUAUUUAUUGUACAACCAGGAAAUUAUCUGAUGGUUCAUGGGUCAGUUCAGAGCCAUAUUGAAUUAUAUGGAGCUUUUCUCUUGCCUCCAAAGUAGAUAAAUAUCUCACUACUCUAUUAAUACUGAGUGUUACAUCUAUACAACAGGGUCCUUCUUAUGACGAUUCUUUAUCAAUAGAUUAUAAACUUUAGGAUAUGAUUUUUAUAUCAAAAUGUUUUCAUGCUGCUUAUUUCAGUUGCAAAGAUUUCAAUGUUUGUAGGAAUUCUCAGUGACUUCUGUUGGCUUGAGCAAAAAGUAGAUGGAUAUUUUUUAUGUAAUUGAGAAGUUUGGGGAGGGUGAUGAUAAUAUUAAGUACCACUUGAUAACCUUCAGUAAAAAGUCUUCACUGGUUAUGUACAGAUCUACUCAAAUAUAAGAUGAUUGCCUCCAUAAUUAGAUUCUAUAUAUGGAAAAUUUAUAAAUUUGUUAUAAUUUUCCAGGUAUAGAACCUAAUUAUUGGAGAUUUGCCUUGAAUUUGUCCUCUUCCUCUUGCUACAGCAGGGAAAAUAAAUCAGGGGGAGAUCAGGGGGGCCCCUUGCCCUCUGCCCCCCAACUUCCCUGCCGUGCAGCCCCUUCUCCCCACCUUUACCGUCAGAACCUGCUCUCUAUCAGCAUAUGGAAGUGAGGGGUAAAUUUUAAAAUAAUGACCUGGAGAUAAAGGUUUCUUUAGUAAUUUAGUUCAUUCAGAAUUGAUGCAUUUUACCUUUUUUUUUAAACUGCUGCAAGUUCUAGUGCAGGUACUCCAUAAACACACUUUUAAGCAGCACUUGUGUACCUCUUUAUAGAGUACAAACUCUGCAUUGAUAUUGGUCCAAAGCCAAAAGGCUCAUGAUUUACCAUAUAGUCCAUUGGGCUGUGCCCCAGCAGAGUCAAACCAUGGUGUUUCAAGCCAUGAUGACCCCAUUGCUUAGCACUGCUGAGUAUGUGUAUACUCCAGAUACGCACCCCACAAAGGAGCCAUAUGUUAAUUAGCCCCUCGCCUCUCUGCCCCACUCAUGACUGGAACUGGGUCUUCUUGUCAUGAGUCCUGGGAAGUUCCAAAACUUUAUAUGCAGAUGAGGUGCUGGGCAUCCUGGUCUGGCUCCACCUCGCAGACUGUGGGGCCACACUAAUAAUAUGAGACAGGCUGAAAGAGGGGGUGACAGGGAUUCUGGGUGAACUGUUUGGGGCCCUGUUUGAUGAUGUUUGCCAGAACUUUGAGACUGGUGAAGAAACAUGAAUAAUUGGAAAUGGAAAAGAAAGGCACAGCUCAGCUCUGGGAGUGAAGAGGAAGUUGAAGUGUAUUCAGUGUAUGGUUCACCAUGACUUGUGAAAGUUAUUGUUAUGGGGGACUGAGUACAGUGGAUGCUACCAUAUAUUUUAUUCAGAUGUGCUGCACUAACCUAGCCUUGUGGCAGGUUCCCAUCAGUAUGUAUGCCCAGUAUGGCCCGUGUGUGUCACAGUCAUGCUUAGUGUUGGCUGCAUUCAGCUUCAUAGUUGGUUUCCAUUAUUGAGCACAUGCUGCUUUUGGCAGCAGUUUAAUGAUAUACAGCAUAUUUAAUGAGGUUUUCGUGUGUGGAAAUGUAAGAUGAAGGGCCUUUUUCCCCCAUGCUGACUGAAAAACCUUGGCUUGUAUUUAAGUAAAUAUAGUAUAUAUGGGAUACAGUGUGGGACUUGAUCUUUUAUACAAAAAUGCCUUUUCUAGUUCUUUUCUACUACUCUGGCCUUAGGUUUAAUAGCUCUGUCAGUAGUUUGUUUAUAUACUUGAUUUUUUCAUUUCUGCCAUACAGAAGCUGUUUGUUCCUUAGAAAUUAUAUUGUGUUGGGAAGCUUCCCUUCUUUUCUCUGCCAAGCCUAAUUCUGCAGUCCAUUUAAGUUAGUGGCCAAGCUGAUUUCGGGCCCGAAUGCAUUUGAAUUCUGGAAUUAAAGACUAGCUAUAGGCACUUAAUUGCAAAUUCAUGAAUAUACCAAAGAGCAAAACGGCCAAAAAAAAAGUAGAAGUAAAAUCUUCUGAAGUGUAAAAUGUUCAUAUUUCCAGCAUUUGCAAUCAAGUUUCAUUAGGUCUUAAACUUAUGAUGUAAGAAAUAAAAAGAUUUUACAGUACAAAGAUUUUAUCCCUUGACAGGCCUGAAAAAUAAAACAUCAUCACCUUCACAAAUGGCAUUCAGACAUUUAAUGCCCUUUGCUAAAUUGUAAAAAUUAUGAUAGUUGUUUACCUCAGUGAAUGUACAGAUCUGUUUGGAUGCACUUUAACAUUUUUGUCAGGUAGGGUUUAAACACAUACAGCCAGAUUUUCAGGACAUUGCACUUGGGAUCCUUAAUCUAAAAAUAACGCAGUGUCCAAAGUGACAUAUAACAACUAAUAAUAAUAAAUCAAAAUUUCUUUAAAAAUAUGCACUAGAAUAAUGCAAAUCUAAAAAGACUGGAUCUAAUACUGCAUCUUUAAUUUAUGUGAGAACCUUUAUACGAGUAUUUUCAAGGAUAUCUCUGUUCUUAUAGGUACUACUACAUAAGUACAGGCUGUAGAAUUUGGUCUACUCUAUAACAUAGUGGCUGUCAAAUCCUGCUCCAGUUAUAUUUAUGCAACCUCAGCUGAGGUCUGUGUUUGGUCUGCUUUUCUUUUGGCAUAUUUGUUCUGCCACCAGUCAACAUGAUGUUAGAAAGAAAUGGGCAUCUGAUAAACCUUACUGACUGUGCACAGUGCAUUUUUUUUUUAAUAUUUAAAGGAGAAAUCAGUCCAAACAUUGCAAAUGUAGACUAGUUAAUGAAACUUGCAAGAAAUAGGCUAAAAGCAAAAGUGAAACACAUGACUGAAUUUUCAUUGUUAAAACUGAGAGAAAAGUAAAAAAUUGUGAAUAUGAAUAAAUAAAAAUAAAUCAGAUUUUACAAUCCUAGUUUUAAUAAUCUAAGGGGAUUGUUAAAUAGGUUGAGAAAUCUUUUACUGGAAUUACUGUGUGUUACGUAAAUAGGGAAUUGUUGGUAUGAUUAUUAACCAAAAUGAAAUAAUUAUUAAUUAUUUCUUUAACAUAGAUUCAAAAGGGAAAAUAAUCAGCAUUAUCACGUAAUUAUUUUUUUCCCUUGGCAUCAGUAGCAGUAGAGUUUGUUUAGAAUUAAUAUUAUUUUUGGUUACAGUGUGAAUGAUGAGGUUAGUGUGAAAGCUCUUAGAAGCCAUUUAGUUGUACUAUGGUUAAGAAGAAGGCACAAGGAAAGAGAAUGUGUAUGUUGAGAGGGCAGACAAGGUUCCUUGGGUGAAUUUGAUAUCUUUUAUUAGACCAACCCAAAUGGUUGGAGAAUAGUUAUUAAGCAAGCUUUCGGGUUCAAAAACCCUUCGUCAGGCUAAGGACACUGUUGAGAGGGGGAUGUUGUAGUGCUCAGCAGAGAAUUUUUAGACCGUAUGCUUUCUUUUGGAAAUCUUGAAAAAAAAUUAUCUUAAACAUGUGCAAGGGAGUUGUCAGACAUGCCCUUGAUCAUGCAAAAGGUACUUAUUUUUGUUUGUUAGGCUUUCACAACAUUGCGUCUCUAUACAUUUUGAAUGUGCAAUAAGAUUUUGCUACCUUGCUUGCUUAAGUGUCUUAGAGGUAUGUACCUAUUAUUUUAGAAUCUGAGUGCUUCCUGACUGGCUGCAGACUAACAGUAAGCUUUAAAGACACACUUUGGAAAAUCUACUCAUAUAUAUGACAAAAUUCCUCCCCCCAUUCCCAAACAUGGAACUCUAAGUUAUGAGCUUCCGAACCUGCUGCGUAAAAAUUACAUAGUUAGUAGUGAGAGGCAAGGAUUUCUUAGAGUAGUAUCUUUUAUUGGACCAUCUGUGUAGUUAGGAUGGAAUGAGACAAGCUUUUGAAUGCAAGAUAUUUGUCAUCAGGUCUGAUCAGACCACCAAGGCAUAUGCUGUUUUUGUUUCAUUAUCAGAGCUGAAGAAGAAUGCCUUGCAUUCAAAAGUUUUUCUAACUUCAUCCCAACUAUAUAGUUGGUCCAGUAAAACAUAUCACCCUAAGAAAUCCUUGCCCAUUGCAUAAUUUCUGGACCAUCACAGUUACAAUAUCACUCUUCCACUACCUUAGGUAAUAGCCACAUUCUCAUAUGUUCUUUGAAGGAUGGUACACACAACCUUUCUAAAGCAGGCAAACCAUAUAUCAAGUCGUCUAGUUUGUUAACUUUACACGGUGGGUAUUUUUUUCCUGUUGUGCAGCAGGAAUAAUGUUUAAACCAGAGAAAUUUUCUUACAAUAAAUGGGAUUCUCAGUUAUGAAAUAACUUGGCUUGACAUGAGCCUUAGCAAGUCAUUGAGCAAUUUCUGAGAGGUGGUGAGGCCUGAACUUGGCAACUCUCAUAAUUGAGCCCUUUGUCACCUUAAAAAUCAAUUUAAUGCCGUGUCUCCUCCAGUACCAGAAACCUCAGACCUUCACCCAUAAUGGCAGAAAAUACCAGUUAAAUCCUACAAACAAAAGUCCUUAUUGUAACUUUCUGUUCAGUCAAACUUCCUACGGGAGCUAAAUUAAUUCUGACUGUUGUUUUAGAGCCUAGUCCUAACACUUACACAAACUGACAUUUAGUUAAUUAUUUCCUAUUGACAAUUAUUAGAAUCCCUGCUCGUAAAAAUAUUACUCUUAAACCAAAGUUAGGAGAUGUAUAGCUCACUAACAUUCUUAGUGAACGGGACUUUUUCAGAUGAACUCUUUUAACCAAAAUGUGAUUUUUUUUUUUUAAUUUAAUAACCAAUAUAUGAUAUCCAUUUUGCUUAUUUUUAUAUAUUUUUUCAGAAUUAUUCAAAAUAAAUCAGUUUUUUUAAAUAAGUUUGCUUCUAAAGAUGUUGGUUAAAUUUGAAGCUUCCCUGGACUCUGUCAUGUGCUGUUCUUUGUGUUGAUAAGUUAUAUAUGGUGUUUUUGGGUUUCUUUGCUGAACUAGUGGAGAAAAAAUGUAUUGAUAUUUUCAAUGCGAAAUGCUCCAUUUUUUUUAAAACAGUGAUUCAUUCUUUUUUUCCUGGAAUUUCUUUUCUGUGAAAAAUUUCAAAAUUUUGCAUUUUCCCAGAUCACUAGAUUUUGUUUCAUCACAAAUUAGGGCAAAAUGUCAAUAUUACAAACUUGUUCAUAAACAAAUUUUAGAUGCAUGUAAAAUUUUGUGUGGAGCAGUAAUUACAUUGGUAUCUGGGCAUAGCCUUGACCUGCUUUAUUUGUAUACAAUAAUGUAGUUAAGAGAGAAACAAAAAUGUGAGCCUGACGUUUUCUCAAGUCGCAUCUUUCACCUAUCUUUUAAAAAUAUACUACAGGAGAAGAUACCUGUUUAUUUUUUUAUGUUGGGCCUUUAAGGGCAUAUUCAGGUGAGGACACAUGUGCUGUUCAUGCCAUUGCAGACCUGUUUUCUGUGCUACAAACUGCAUGUGGCAUACUUGCAGGUGUUUGCACUGCUAAUUUGCAGCAUGGUGGUAGCAGGUCUUUAUUUUUUUUGACACUGGGAGAUCCUGGCGUCAAACCUGUGCCAGAAAAAAACGGGGCAGUGCACAUGGCAGUGUGCACAACCCAAAACCAGAGCCUGGUUUCCGAGGACCCCAGGUAAGACAUCUGGGGACAGCCCAGGUGCUGGCUCCAGCCUCCUCUACUCCACUUGGAGCAUUUUUCCCUGAGCUAACCCCACAGGGAAGGACAUGCGCUGGGGCAAAAGUAGCCGCACGAAUUUUGUGCCACUGCUUUUUUUCCCUGAAGCAAUGGCAUGCCCCUGCUCUUGGGGACGUGGCCUAAAAGUUUACUGCAAUUACUAGUUCCAUUAGCGAAGACUUUUAAUGUGAGAAAAAUAGUUGUAAAAAGACAAAUACGAGGUGCAGAAAAUGCUUAUAUUUCUUGCUCUUAUUCCUAGCUAGAUGCAGAGUGGUUAACAAAUAAUUAAUUGGCAGAUGUAAACUAAGAAAAAAUCAUUAACAUUAUAGUAGUCAUGUUACUACCUGUAGAAGACUCAUGGCUAUGACUUGGGGAUUAUGGUAAUAAAAUAAGGAGUAAUUCAUGUUUUUUGAGGGUUUAAACAUCACUGUCAGAUUUUGAGUGUAUUGUAGCACUAUUGCUAUGCCUGUUUACCCUGAUAAUUACCACUGUUCAUUAACUGUUCACUGAUGGUUGGUUUAUUUGUUAACAUAGGCCACUGACAGACAUUCAUUUAAAGGUGUGUUGGUUCUGUUUCCCAGUUCCAAAUUCACGUCACCUGCCAUGCUAUAUACAUGCAUAGCAGGACACAUGAUUUUGGGAUCAGGGAUCAGAUCCCAAUUGUGCCCUACUUGCAGGCACAGGGGGAACCUGGGAUUGUGAUCCUGGGUUCCCCCUGUACUGGCAAGUUGAAAGCUGGGUUCCUGACAGUCAGCUGGCUCUAGGACUGCACCCAUUUCAAGCUCCAGUAUGAUCCUGAUGCAAGUGACAAAUCAGCUGAUCAUUGGCCAGCAGAACUUGCAUUGAACCCCAAGACUGUUUCAGAUCUGGGCAACAAUCAACUUAUUGUUGACCGGUGUGAACCACACUGGAGCUAGUUAGAGACCCUAAUGCAGUCUUAACCUUGCCACAUGUUCAAUUUAGAGCACGAUAGAAACCAGCCACAAAAAUAUUGAAUGUUUUUAUGUAAUAUUUUUGUGGUUGGUUCCCAUUUUUGUGGCACCAUUAGUUGCCUGACUAUGUGGCCAGGUUACUAUUUAAGACUCAACAGACUAAUCACGUCGUAACUGUAACAUCUGCCAAGAGCCAUAGAAAUGGUGUCAUAAUAGGACAGCUCUUCUAAAUUUCUAACACUGUAAUUUCAUUAUUGUUGCAGUUGUGCUCUAGGUUGACCUUUCAAUAUUGAGUGAUGGUGAGAGGCCCACAAUUCAGAGCAGAGUGGAUUCUCUUGUUUCCCCUGCUGCAAAUUAUUUCAGUUCUACAAGAAAGCAGCAUCAGUAGGGACCUCUCCUGUAGUCUCAUUUAUAUUGACACUCCAGCUGAACUUGCGUCCCAUUGUCUUCAGCCUUUAAGAGUGCAGUUAAUCUUAAAAUUAUUUAACUAUUACCAUUUGACUAUUUGAGUAAGAACUUCUAGUACAUGGGCAAGGGCUGCACUAUGACUCCCCUAGACCAUAAAAACUGAUAAAAUAGUUUAUCAGAUAAUGACAUCAUUCACGUGCUUCUGGUUGAAUUAUAGAUUUAAAAUGGACCCGAAAUAUGCAACUCGGUUUCACCUCCAGAAAUAUAUGAAGUGGGAAGUAGAACUGCAACAGGUUUUGUGUGUGAGGCAAGAAUUCUUGUGCUUGAUCUUCUUUUUUUUUUUUUUUUUUUUUUUUAAUGGACCACCUGUGUGGAGGUCCAAUAAAUAUGCUGUUUUUCCCAUGCAUGUGUGCUUGAAAUGCUUACAUAUACAUGCUGAACCAAGCCCUUCCUGUAUUCUGAUUGGUGAAACAUGUCUAACUGCCACAGGCACCAUUAUGUAGGAAAUUUUAGUAUCUUUGCAAAUGUACAAGCUAAAGCCCUGUACCUGCAAAGCUUUAUGCAUGUGGUUAGCACUAAACAAAUGACUGGUCCCAUUGAGACGAUUUAAGUUUACAUGUGCUUAGCUAAUGAAAUUAUUCCUCAUAUAAAAAUGGCUAUUGAAUUGGCGAUCAGUAGACUUUCCAGACUUCAUUUACAUAUACAUAAAUGUUUACGUCAGCCAAUAUUUGUGUAUGUGUAUAUAUAGGCUGGUAUAUAUGAAUGUGCUUACAUACGUGUGUGUGUCUGUGCUUGGGUGCAUGUGUGUGUGUGCACCUCCUAUGUGCUUAUAAGUAUAAUUACGCUAGUGCAGAUCCGGAAAACUUAAAUACAUUUGAUGCUAAUAACUUAGUCUUUCCUAAAAAUAUUUUUAUAUCAGAUGGACUGCAGGGUGUUUUACAGAUGCUUAUGAUUUAGAAUAUUUAUAACAGAGAUUGAAAUGGCAGGAUGUUGAUGAUUGUUGCCAUUAAAAGAAUGCUUAAAGAUUCCAGGUUAAAUCCUGGCUCCACUGAAAUCAUUGGAGCCAGGAUUGAACCUCUUAUUAGUCUAUUGUUUACUGUGAUUUUUCCUAUUGCGAUUAUUUUUUUUGAAAGUGAAAUGUAUUUAUUUUUUCCCUGAUGUGAAGUUUUUAGAAGUUUUUUAUUUUUUUUUCUGUAGAGCUUCCAAAAAGUAAUGCUGGUAGUAGUAAUAUGUGCAGUGUAGACCAAACAUAUUUUUCAUUGCUUUGUUCCUUCAUUAUGUCAAAGAAAAUCAAUUAUGAAUUCUAAAAUGUUUUUUCUAAAUUAUUUGUAAAGAUUCAUGUAGGAUCUUUUUAAAAAAUGGAUCACAUUUCUUAUUCCUGCUCUCUUUCCCCCCCCUCCCCCCCCCCCAACAUACAGCAUGUACCAUGGUCAGCAGCAAUGAGAAAUUAUUCCUGUGUUACUGGGGAGUUGCCCCAUUUUUCUCAACCCACAGGUUUCUUAUCAUUCAUCAGGCAUGGCUUUUAGUAUAUUCAGAAUUAGACACUUUUAAAUGCUUUUAUUUUGUCCAAAAUGUGCUCAUUAAAAUUUAUUAUAGAAACACAAAUAUGUAUCAACAGCUUAUUGUACAGUGGCACUUUUCACUUUUGCUAUAUAUAAAUAAAAAAAAUAUAUAUAUAAAGUACGUGAUGUGGUAGGGCCACAUUCAGCAACCAGCUGAAGUUAAUAAAACAACUUAUGUAAAGGAGGAAGGAUCAGGCCCUUGAUAUGUACCACUCUAGGAGAAAUACAAUAUGUAGUGCUUCCUGAAUCCCUCCAAAGAGUGUAUUUGUUUUUGAUACCUUAGAUUUAUUCUUCUUCUGUUUUGCCAUGCAAAGAUGUUAUGUUGUGAAAAUUCAAAUCAGCACCAAAUAGACUGUUAGUACUUUUAAUAUUGUAUCUAAGGGUAAGUAUAGUACUUGCAGAUAAUAACCAUUGUGCACUUUGGAAUAUGAGUGUCUAGAGCAGAUCAGUAUUCGUCCAUCAUAAUGAAGACCAUCUUGGACUACUGUAGGGCUUGUAAAAUUACACAGCAUUACCAAUGUUGGCAAAAGCUGAGGAGCUGAUAGUUAACUAUUUUUCCUUUGAUGCAGGUCUGUUCUAAAGACAUCUGUCCAGAAUAUCAGCUCUUCACUGGUCUUUCUUUUAGGUUCACACUUCUUAGGUUCCCCCCUCUCCUGAUAAAGUGAACGCAGAAGAAAGGUGUAUGUACAGCCCUAAUUGAGUUCACUGGGAGUUUUGUUAGAUAAUUGGCUGCAAGAUCAGACCUCCAAAGACUAAACAUAACGGGCUCUGAUUGUGCAAUGCAUGCUAACCUCUGAGCUAUUGCAGAAUCCUCCUGAGGCUUUGCAUGGACAUUCUGGUCCCACUCACUGGAUCUGAUUGCAGGAUCUAGAACAAAGGUCUUGGUUUAUCUCUGCUCAGGUCAACAGAAAAAUCUUCCAUGCCUUCAGUGGGAGCAAAUUUGUAUCCAAAUGAGAUGACAGCUUUCCUUCUACAAAUCAUUAUCAUUAAUGAGUUGAAGUAAGUCAGGAAUUGAGUGCAGGAGUUGCGCAUGUUGUCCUAAAGGCUGUGUCGAACCAAAUCUCCAAAUAGAAAUGGAGUAAAUGAGGGAAAAAGGAUAACCCAGUGGAUUAGAUACUAUACUGAGUCUAGACCUGGCUUUCUGCCACUGACUUGACAUGUGACCUUGGGCAAGUCACUUAACCCCUCUGUGCCUCACUUUUCCCAUUUGAACAAUGGGAAUAAGAAUGUUUACCUACCUUUGUCAAGCACUUCGACAUCUAUAGACAAACAAUGCUAUAUAUGUGACUAUGUUUUAUCGACACUAUUAUACUUAGUAUAAUUAAGUUACUUUUGUCCAUAACACUGCAAGAAUUGCUUUUCUUAGUUUCAGUUCUGGUGAUUCUGUUAAUAUUUAAGGACCUACUACAUUUCAGGAAGUCAGUUUUGACGCUUAGUCAUGCUAUAGUACUUAUAAAUAAGACACAUAGUGGGCUCUGUCUGCUGCAGGAAAGAGUAAAACUUUAAACUGCCUGACAAACUUGCCAAUCAAAUAUAUCCAACAGAGCAGGGGAUGUAACUUUUGGCUUUAUUUACUUUUAAUAAUGGUAAGGAACAGUGAAUUUUGUUUGUUUACAUACUGUUUACAAUGGCACAGUUUUAUUUUUAAUAUAUAAAACAAUUGAGGUAUUUAUUGCAUAUACUAUUUUAAAGAUGUUUUAUGUGUUUUCACCUUUGGAAUAUAUUGUUACAUUUCCUUGUACAGAUAAUUUGGGUGGCUUUGUUAAUAUAGUUAGUAAUUUUUAUGACUACUAAGUGACCAGUUUUCUGUGCCUUUUUAUUGUUGGAUGCAUGAUUACAUAUUUAUUAUUGUAUGGAAGUCACUGAGAUGUGUAUUUUUGUAUUCUGCUGGAAGCAAUGGUUGAUUUUAUUGUACAUUUAUAAGACAUGUCUCCUGUAAUGAGUGCUCACUUGAGAUCUUCCUUCUCAAAUAAACAGAAUGCAUUCAGUGUU